AUGCCCAUGCGAUUGAGAGCCGAAAAGAAGAUGAGGAAGCUCCUCAUCGAGCACCUCAAAACCAGAAAGGUUUUGGGUGCUAGAAUCGCCAAGGAACCAAAAACUGCCCAAGACUUGGAGCAACUCGGAUUGGCUCCACAAGUCUACAUGUUCAAGAACCUUUUCAGUGGACAAGUGUUGUAUUCACAGGUUCCAGCAUUCCACCAAACACAGAUCGACGAACAGUUCCCCCGUCCAAACUGGGAGAACAGAAAGCCUAGCAGAAGAAACGAUUUAUGGAGAGUCAUGUGCGUGGCCACCUUCGACAACUACGAAUACGCCUUGGCUGCCUACAAGGGCUUGGUCCAGUUGAGACAAGCACGCGAUGUGUUCCAGCAGAAGGAGGCCAAGUCGUUAAGAAGAAAGGACAACGAAGGAAACACCUGGUACUCGGGACAAUACAGACCAACCUAUUCCCAAGAAGCUGUUGCGGAUUUGGCACACGUAGUGGACGAAUUCGAAUUGGCUAACACCAAGUUGCAAUGGGAGAACUUGUGGAGAAAGGGAGAAGACCAGCAUUGGAGAUUGGACUUGGUGGAACACGAUAGCUUACCCCCAUUCAACCCCAGAGACCAAAGUAUAUUGUUAGAUGACUUGAGGGCUCGUGCUGUCCAGGAGUUCGCUAAGUUGAGAGAAGCAGAAGCUGUGGAGAAACAAGUCGAGGAGUCUGUGGUGGCUUAA